ACACACACACACUCACACACACAGUUUAACGGUCAGAGAGCUGCUGAUGAAGAUGAAGGAGCUGCUCCUCUUCCUCUCCUGUGUCCUCUGUGUCUCUGCCGAUGGCCUGCACGGAGACGUUCAUAUAAACGGGUGUUCAGACUUCGAUGCAGAGGACAUGUAUGGACUGGAUGGGGAGGAGGUUGCCUACGCAGACUUUAACAACCACACGGAAGUCUACAUGCUGCCUCCUUUUGCCGAUCCUAUGGCUUACCCCGGAGCGUAUAAACAAGCUGUGACUGAGCUGAAGGUCUGCAGACACAACCUGAAGGCUCUUGGCGCGGUGAUGAAGGACUACCCUUCCAAUAACCAUGCUCCUUCAGCUGUGAUGAUCUACACCAGAGAUGAGGUGGAGUUUGGAGAGGAGAACACUCUGAUCUGUCACGUGACUGGUUUCUAUCCUGCUCCUGUCAACGUCUCCUGGACCAAGAACGGACAGAAGGUCACAGAAGGAUCCAGCACCAACGUUCCUUAUCCCAACAAAGAUGGACCCUUCACCCAGAUCUCCAGACUGCAGUUCACCGCACAGCUGGGAGACAUCUACAGCUGCACAGUGCGACAUCUGGCCCUGACUGAACCACUGACCAAGAUCUAUAGUAAGAAAACUUUAUUUAAACAAAAGACUGAGGCCAGUGUUCAUCAGAGCAGCUGGAUCUGAUCUGAUAGUUUGACACGAUGAUUUUUGACACACAUUUUGGA